AAAGAAGGGUGGAGAGAAAUUAGACAGGGGUCUGAAUGCUCAUAAAGAAAUGCCUGCACACGUGCUCUUUGUAAAAAUGUGCACCACUCCACAAAGAAGAAGAGAGGCAGGUCGUUUUGCUCUUCUUUGGCAAGACACUCAGCAGGAAAAAUGACCAAAGCAAAUGAAGUCUCACACCAGUUUUAACCAAGGACUUUAUUCUCUCAGCCAGGUGAAGAGCCUUACAAAUGUUUGGGCUUGCGUUGCUGUAAAACCUCUCCUUCUGCAAAGAGUGAGCUCUCGGAUUUAGCAAAGCCGUGUUAUUAAUAAGCAUCGGGGGUUUAGAGAAACAAAGGCUGGAGGAAGGGAGAGGGAGCCUUAUUUUAGGAAGGGGGCCAAGAUAGACAAGAUGUUUAGGAGGGGGAAGUAUUGACACCCUUGGAAUAGAGAAAGUGUCGAAUGCCAGCUGCAGAGCGCCUCAAAGAAUGAGAGUCUCCGAUGCUUUUGUCUCCUUAUAUGGUAAAAUGAUAGCGAGGGGUUUCACUGGGCUGGGGAAGGCAGCAGCCUCUUUCCACACACACUGCCUGCAGAGCUGCGAUCGGCGGAGCCGCUCUUUGCAGGCAGUGGAAAGCCCCAGCUGGCUGCGCAGCUCUCCGCUGCGAGCAGGCCGGUGUGCUCUUGGCACAUUUGUUAAUGGAUGUGACCCCCUGUCCCCGGUCCAGGAGGUGGCAUUAACUGCCCGCUACUGCUCUGAUAGCUGGACUCCAGACACCAACAUGACUGAACGCUUUGAUUGCCACUACUGUAAAGAGUCUCUAUUUGGUAAGAAGUACAUCCUGAAGGAGGACAGCCCCUACUGUGUGAAAUGUUAUGAAAAUCUUUAUUCCAACACCUGUGAGGAAUGCAAAAAACCUAUUGGUGCUGACUGCAAGGAUCUGUCUUAUAAGGACCGCCACUGGCAUGAAACCUGCUUCCACUGCUUCCAGUGCAAGAAUUCCUUGGUGGAUAAACCUUUUGCUGCAAAAGAGGAACAUCUACUUUGUACUGACUGCUACUCCAAUGAAUACUCUUCCAAAUGUAAUGAGUGCAAGAAGACAAUUAUGCCAGGUACUCGGAAGAUGGAAUACAAGGGCAACAGCUGGCACGAGACCUGCUUUAUCUGCUACCGCUGCCAGCAGCCUAUUGGGACAAAGAGCUUCAUCCCUAAGGACAAUCAAAACUUCUGUGUACCCUGCUAUGAGAAGCAGUUUGCCAUGCAAUGUGUCCAGUGCAAGAAGGCUAUCACCACAGGAGGCGUUACUUACCGGGAGCAACCAUGGCAUAAGGAGUGUUUCGUGUGUACUGCAUGCAAGAAGCAGUUGUCUGGGCAGCGCUUUACCUCCAGGGAUGAGUUUGCAUACUGCUUGAGCUGCUUCUGCAACCUCUAUGCCAAAAAGUGUGCUGGAUGUACAAACCCAAUCAGUGGACUCGGAGGAACCAAGUACAUCUCUUUUGAAGAACGGCAGUGGCAUAAUGAUUGCUUUAACUGUAAGAAGUGCUCCCUUUCAUUGGUGGGUCGUGGCUUCCUCACAGAAAGGGAUGACAUCCUUUGCCCUGAAUGUGGAAAGGAUAUUUAAAGUGCAAACUAAGAGGUGAGGAAGAAGGGAGGAAAGCCGUGCUCGCAAUAUAUAGUCUGAAACACAUGGAUGUUCAGAGCUACCUUUGCCACUCUGUGUCUCACUGUACUAUUAACAUUUCUUAACCUUUUUCUUUAUACUCUCCAAAUCUGGAGGGAAAACAGCUUGAGAAUCUCUAAUAGCAGUGUUGGUGUUUAAGAUUUCUAUCAAUAACAAAAACUAAUGCAAAACCCAUGAUGUAAAACUAUUUGGCUGUUUUUGACACAACAUACCAUUUUUAAUAUUUUUUUUCCUAAAAAUAUUCCAGUUACAAGCAAGUGAUACAGUUCAAGGAUAACAAUGGCCACACACAAUACAUUAAUAGGUGGAUAUCCAGGGUGAAGCCUUCUGCCAACUGAAAUCAAUGGCAAAGGCCAUUCAAUUCCAAUAAGGCUGCUGUGACCCCAGUGUUCUUGAGCUAUGUGAUAAGUGUGUGCUGUCAAGUCUGUAGAAAGACUGCAAAAGUAGAGAGUGUUUCAAUGUACAUGGAUUUGUUACAUGCCAUAAAGAGAUAAUGAUGAAACUGAACAGUGGAAGUGGGAGUGCUUCAUGACAGGUACAUAUUUUAUUGCAUGUCUAGCUGAUCAUUGUGCGAAGUACAAGUUCUGAUUGACAGUGUCAGUAUUACAGUUAGUUGACAUUACAUUGCACAUUGUAUUUUUCAAAAUAAAAUUGUUUAAAACAAA